GCUUGGGGGGAACCAAUGGCAAGUUCACCUUCUGCUUUUGAGAAUCCGAUUGCUGAAGGCUUCAGUGACACCGUGCGGGAGUCCAGCGAAUCGCCGCUCCCACCUCCGACGUUUGGACAGUUCUGGCAUGUGACUGACUUACACUUAGACCCUACGUACCACAUCACAGAUGACCACACAAAAGUGUGUGCUUCGUCCAAAGGCACAAAUGCCUCCAAUCCUGGCCCUUUUGGAGAUGUUAUGUGUGAUUCUCCAUAUCACCUUAUCUUGUCAGCGUUUGAUUUUAUUAAAAAUUCAGGACAAGAAGCAUCUUUCAUGAUAUGGACAGGGGAUAGCCCACCUCAUGUUCCAGUGUAUGAGCUCUCAACAGACACAGUCAUAAUGGUGAUCGCUAAUAUGACAACCACUGUCCAGACUCUCUUUCCAAAUCUCCAGGUUUUCCCUGCACUGGGUAAUCAUGACUAUUGGCCACAGGAUCAACUGCCUGCAUUCACCAGCAAGGUAUACAACGCAGUAGCAAACCUCUGGAAACCAUGGCUAGAUGAAGAAGCUAUUCAGACUUUAAAGAAAGGUGGCUUUUAUUCACAGAAAGUUUCAACUAAUCCGAACCUUAGGAUCAUCAGCCUAAACACAAACUUGUACUACGGCCCAGAUAUUGUGACCCUGAAUAGGAGUGACCCAGCAAAUCAGUUUGAAUGGCUAGAAAAUACACUGAAUAUCUCUCAGCAAAAUAAUGAGAAGGUGUACAUCAUAGCACAUAUCCCAGUGGGCUAUCUGCCCUAUUCAAUGGGCACUACAGCCAUGAGAGAAUUGUAUAAUGAGAAACUGAUAGAUAUUUUUAGAAAGUACAGCAAUGUCAUUGCAGGACAAUUUUAUGGACACACUCACAAAGACAGCAUCAUGGUUCUUUCAGAUGAAAAAGGAAAUCCAAUAAAUUCUGCAUUUGUGGCUCCUGCUGUUACCCCAGUGAAGGGCGCUUUACAGAAAGAGACCAACAACCCUGGAGUCAGGCUAUUUCAGUAUGAUCCUCAUGAUUAUAAGUUACUGGAUAUGUUGCAGUUCUACUUGAACCUGACAGAUGCUAAUCUAAAAGGAGAAUCCAACUGGCAGCUGGAGUACACCCUGACCCAGACUUAUGACAUUGAAGAUUUGCAGCCAAAAAGUUUGUAUGGCUUAGCUAAGGAAUUUGCAGCCCUAGACAGUAAGAAAUUUGUAAAAUACUAUAAUUACUACUUUGUGAGUUAUGACAGCAGUGUAAUUUGCGAUAAGGUGUGUAAGUCCCUUCAAAUUUGUGCAAUUAUGAAUCUUGACCAUAAUUCCUAUGUAGAUUGCAUCAAACAUUAUUAUCUAAAGCACAAUCUAUAGUAUUUCACAACUUGUGUUCAUAGAAAAUGUAACAGUGCUCUGUUUCUGCGAUCAGUUUGUGGGACUUGUUAUGUAAAUCUUUGUGAGUUACUGAGUGGGCAAACAGAAUUCCUUUCUUUGCUUUCUUUUUGUAUGAUGCCCAAAUAAAGAUAUUUUUAAUAUUCCAAA